CAACCUCACCGAACAGAAACAUUUGGGGUCCUUUUACUUCACGUGUGCGUCUGCUGCUCUGCCAUCGUGAGAGGAAACCAUGCCGAAGUCAAAGAGGGACAAGAAAAUUUCGUUAACGAAAACAGCCAAGAAGGGGCUGGAGUUGAAACAGAAGUUAAUCGAGGAGUUACGGAAAUGUGUGGACACCUACAGACAUGUGUUCAUAUUCUCUGUGGCCAAUAUGAGGAAUAACAAACUGAAAGACAUCAGGACAGCAUGGAAGCACAGCAGAUUUUUCUUUGGCAAAAAUAAAGUGAUGAUGGUUGCCUUGGGUAAAGGUGCAACCGACGAAUACAAAGAUAAUUUGCACAAGGUCACCAAGUUUCUACGAGGAGAAGUGGGAGUACUAUUCACAAAUAAAACAAAGGAUGAGGUGCAAGAGUAUUUCAGUCAUUUCAAAGAGAUGGAUUUUGCGCGGGCAGGCAACCAGGCACAGAUGGACAUAACUCUGGAUGAGGGACCCCUGGAACAGUUUCCUCACUCAAUGGAGCCCCAGUUGAGGCAAUUGGGACUUCCCACUGCUCUCAAGAAAGGUGUGGUGACACUGCUGAAGGACCAUGGAGUCUGUAAGGAGGGAGACGUGCUAACUCCGGAACAGGCUCGUAUUCUGAAACUCUUUGGCAUCGAAAUGGCAGAAUUCAAGGUGAAGAUCAAAUGUAUGUGGAACUCAGAAACAGGCGAGUUUGAGAACUGCGCAGGCGAGGAAGAACCUAUGCAGGAUAACGAAGAAGAGGAGGAUGAUGACGUGGAAUGAAACAUCUGCAAGGGCAAGAGCUUGCACACCUUUUUUUUUUUUUCAACAGCAUAGAGGGACACUGAUGGUGAAACCAUUCAUCCUGACUACCAGUGCUGCCGCUGGUGUCUGUGUAAUCACGCUCCCCUUUUCACCCUAAAACACAAACUUCUGUCCUUCACCUUGAAUUUUAGCUUCGGACUGAACACCAGUAACUGGAGUCAAAGGACUUUCUUGCAGGCCAUCAUGUUGAUCAACUUGUUUUGUCAGCAUAAUCACAAUUACGAAACGUUUUGUAUUGCGUAUGUGACAGCCAAAACAAAAUGAAUGUGUUGAACCAGCCCAUUUGAUGCAUUUUAUGUGUAAAAAAAACAAAACAUUUUGUUGAUUUGGGCAAAUUAGUUUUCUUUUUAAUGUAACAGUAUAAUUAAGGCAGACUCCUUAUGAUUUUUUUCCCCCUGAAAAAAUAUUUUGUUUUCAUUUUUACAUUUAUACAUUAACAUGUUAAUACUAAUGGUCUGUAAUUGGUCUGUUUGUAAGGGAAAAUAAAAAAUUUUCAAGUGUGA